GCCUCACUCACUCUCCCUCCCCCCCCACCCCGCGCCGAGCGAGGAGGAGUCGGAGGAGAGGAAGAUGGCGGCGGCCGCCAGCACCCGCGGGGCCGCGGGGCCGCUCCGAGGAGCCUGAGAGACCCACGGAGGCUUCGUGGCGAGACGCGGCGGCGGCGGAGGAUGAGCCUGCAGAGCGCGCAGUAUCUCCGAGUGUCUUAAACCAUUCUACCUUGUGAAAAAUUGGAUGUUCUUACAGAUAGUCAUUGUGGGAGAAAACGUUUCAUUUAAGUCCCAGAUGAGGACCGAAAACUUGAAAUCAGAGGAGCAUCUGAAAUCAAGUAAUAUUAGGCAGGCAGAAGUCCUGAAGGCUGAAAUGACAGAUUCUAAGCUGGGUCCAGCUGAGGUCUGGACAUCCAGGCAAGCACUACAGGACUUGUACCAGAAAAUGCUAGUUACUGAUCUGGAAUAUGCUUUAGACAAGAAAGUAGAACAGGAUCUAAAACUACAGAAAGAUUUUGUGUGUUUAGACUAUUCUACUGUUCUUUCUACGAAGGAUGAAAUGGCAGAUAACCAGAUUCGCCACUGGAAUCAUGCCUUUAAGAACCAGAUCACAACACUGCAAGGCCAGGCCAAGAAUCGAGCAAACCCAAAUCGGAGUGAAGUCCAGGCAAACCUUUCUCUGUUCCUAGAGGCAGCUAGCGGCUUCUACACUCAGUUAUUACAGGAACUGUGUACGGUGUUUAAUGUAGAUCUGCCAUGCCGUGUGAAGUCUUCCCAGUUGGGAAUUAUUAGCAAUAAACAGACGCACACCAGCGCCAUAGUGAAGCCACAGUCUAGCUCCUGUUCCUACAUUUGCCAGCACUGCCUCGUCCACCUUGGAGACAUUGCUCGAUACAGAAACCAGACUAGCCAGGCAGAGUCCUACUAUAGGCAUGCAGCUCAGCUUGUCCCCUCCAAUGGUCAGCCUUACAAUCAGUUGGCUAUCUUAGCUUCUUCCAAAGGAGACCACCUGACCACAAUUUUCUACUACUGCAGAAGCAUUGCUGUGAAGUUCCCUUUCCCAGCUGCCUCCACUAAUCUACAAAAAGCACUUUCUAAAGCACUGGAAAGCCGGGAUGAGUUGAAAACCAAGUGGGGUGUUUCUGACUUCAUCAAGGCCUUUAUUAAAUUCCACGGUCAUGUAUACCUGAGUAAGAGUUUGGAAAAGCUGAGCCCUCUUCGAGAGAAGUUGGAAGAACAGUUUAAGAGACUGCUGUUCCAAAAAGCUUUCAACUCUCAACAGUUAGUUCAUGUCACUGUCAUUAACCUGUUUCAACUUCAUCAUCUUCGUGACUUUAGCAAUGAAACAGAGCAGCACAGUUACAGCCAAGAUGAACAGCUGUGUUGGACACAGUUGCUGGCCCUCUUCAUGUCCUUUCUUGGCAUCCUGUGCAAAUGUCCUCUGCAGAAUGAUUCUCAGGAGUCCUACAAUGCCUAUCCCCUUCCUGCAGUCAAGGUCUCCAUGGACUGGCUAAGACUCCGACCUAGAGUCUUUCAAGAAGCAGUGGUGGAUGAAAGACAGUACAUUUGGCCCUGGCUAAUUUCUCUUCUAAAUAGUUUCCAUCCCCGUGAAGAUGAUCUCUCAAAUACUAAUGCCACACCACUUCCAGAGGAGUUUGAAUUACAAGGAUUCUUGGCUUUAAGACCUUCUUUUAGGAACUUGGAUUUUUCCAAAGGCCAUCAGGGUAUUACAGGAGACAAAGAGGGUCAACAACGACGAAUAAGACAGCAGCGUUUGAUCUCCAUAGGGAAGUGGAUUGCUGAUAACCAGCCACGGCUGAUUCAGUGUGAAAAUGAGGUAGGGAAAUUGUUAUUUAUCACAGAAAUCCCAGAAUUAAUACUAGAAGACCCCAGUGAAGCCAAAGAGAACCUCAUCCUACAAGAAGCAUCUGUGAUAGAGUCACUAGCUACGGAUGGGAGCCCAGGACUGAAAUCAGUGCUGUCUACAGGCCGAAAUCCAAGCAACAACUGUGACACGGGAGAGAAGCCAGUGGUCACCUUUAAAGAGAACAUUAAGCCACGAGAAGUGAGCAGAGACCAAGGAAGAAGCUUCCCUCCCAAAGAGGUGAGAAGGGACUGUAGCAAAGGAGUAACUGUCACUCAGGAUGACGGACAGAAGGACAGCAGCAAGAGGAGAGCUGAGACCAGGAGAUGCACCUUAGGAAAGUUGCAGGAAACAGGAAAGCAGAGUGUGGCAGUGCAGGUAAAAUCCCAGACAGAACUAAGAAAGACUCCAGUGUCUGAAGCCAGGAAAACUCCUGUCACUCAAACUGCAAGUCAAACGAAUAAUUCUCAAUUCAUCCCCAUCCAUCACCCUGGAGCCUUCCCUCCUCUUCCCAGCCGGCCAGGGUUCCCGCCCCCAACAUAUGUUAUCCCCCCUCCUGUGGCAUUUUCUAUGGGCUCAGGUUACACCUUCCCAGCUGGUGUUUCUGUCCCAGGAACCUUUCUUCAGUCUACAGCUCACUCUCCAGCAGGAAACCAGGUGCAAGCUGGGAAACAGUCCCACAUUCCUUACAGCCAGCAACGGCCCUCUGGACCAGGGCCAAUGAACCAGGGACCUCAGCAGUCACAGCCACCUUCCCAGCCACCCCUCACAUCUUUACCAGCUCAGCCAACAGCACAGUCUACAAGCCAAUUGCAGGUUCAAGCUCUAGCUCAGCAACAACAAUCCCCUACAAAAGGCAUACCAGCUUUGGGGAAAAGCCCGCCUCACCACUCUGGAUUCCAACAGUAUCAACAGGCAGAUGCCUCCAAACAGCUGUGGAAUCCUCCUCAGGUUCAAAGCCCUCUAGGGAAAAUUAUGCCUGUGAAACAGCCCUACUACCUUCAGACCCAAGACCCUAUAAAACUGUUUGAGCCGUCAUUGCAACCUCCUGUAAUACAGCAGCAGCCUCUAGAGAAAAAGAUGAAGCCUUUCCCCUUGGAGCCAUAUAACCACAAUCCCUCAGAUGCCAAGGGCCCAGAGUUCUACUGGGACUCUUCCUACAGCAUGGCUGACAACAGAGCAGUAAUGGCUCAGCAACCAAAUAUGGACCGCAGGAACAAACGGUCACCUGGAGUCUUCCGUCCAGAACAGGAUCCUGUGCCCAGGAUGCCAUUUGAGGACCCCAAGAGCUCCCCUCUGCUUCCACCGGACCUGUUAAAGAGUCUGGCUGCCUUGGAGGAAGAGGAAGAGCUGAUCUUUUCUAACCCUCCUGAUCUUUACCCAGCUCUGCUGGGUCCUCUCGCCUCUCUUCCUGGACGAAGCCUCUUUAAAUCCUUAUUGGAGAAGCCUUCCGAGCUCAUGUCGCAUUCAUCUUCUUUCCUGUCCCUCACUGGGUUCUCUGUCAAUCAGGAAAGAUAUCCAAACAGCAGUAUGUUCAAUGAAGUGUAUGGAAAAAACCUGACAACCAGCUCCAAGGCAGAACUGAACCCCUCAGUCGCCUCCCAGGAAACAUCACUGUACUCCCUUUUUGAAGGGACCCCAUGGUCUCCAUCACUUCCUGCCAGUUCAGAUCAUUCAACACCAGCCAGCCAGUCUCCUCAUUCCUCUAACCCAAGCAGCCUGCCCAGUUCUCCUCCAACACAUAACCAUAAUUCUGCUCCAUUCUCUAAUUUUGGACCCAUCGGGACUCCAGAUAACAGGGAUAGGCGGCCUGCAGAUAGGUGGAAAACUGAUAAGCCAGCCAUGGGUGGUUUUGGUGUUGAUUAUCUCUCAGCAACAUCAUCAUCAGAGAGCAGCUGGCAUCAGGCUAGCACUCCAAGCGGCACCUGGACAGGCCACGGCCCCUCCAUGGAGGAUUCCUCUGCUGUCCUCAUGGAAAGUCUAAAGUCUAUCUGGUCCAGUUCCAUGAUGCAUCCUGGACCCUCCGCUCUCGAGCAGUUGUUAAUGCAGCAGAAGCAGAAACAGCAGCGGGGACAAGGUGCCAUGAACCCUCCACACUGAGGCCACAGUAGCGACCCAGGGAAUGAAGGCUCCAUAAACCAUGGCAUGUUGGGUUUGCAGGACUGGCCCACACAACACAGUCCCUGCAGGUGGCAGCCCUCUUGUCUGUUUCUUGCUGUUGAGAGGGUGUAAGUGAUCCACCAGCCCGCUGAGUGUGCACGAAAUGUUCGCAGUGCAACAAAAAGAAAAAACCACCAGGAACUCUCGUUCCCCCGGGGCUUUCCGGAGGGAGAGAGGAGCUGCUGUUUGUCCCGCUCGGUUACUGAUAGCACGCCUCUCACCUUCUCCACCGCGCAUGUCCCCAACACGUGGGAAGUGGAAGCUGAGAAGGGAAGGCAGAUGGGAGAAGCCAAUAAGAACUUCUCAGUCCUUUUUUCCUCUUUGGGGAAUAAAAUAGGAAUCCAUUAUGAGUG